AUGUCCGCGACAGCCGCUUCUUAUUCCGUCGUAGGCUUCCAGACCGGCCUGAACUGGCGUUCGCUGGCCUUCGAGAAGCCCCCGCCGGCCAUCCGCGUGUGCAGCCUGUGCGGAGUGGUGCCCAGAACGACGCUGGUGCUUCCCUGCUCGCACGCCUUCUGCGAGCCCUGCUUCGCUGCCACCGAGGGCAAGGGCCGCGUGUGCCCCCUGGACGGCCACGCGUACGACCAAGACACCGUGGGCAGGCUGCAGCUCCCUCCAGACCAGGUUCUUCGUCUCAGGGCGGCCUGCUGGAACCCGGGCUGCUGCUUCGUCGGUCCGGUCUCGGGGCUCCUGGAGCACUUCGAGGAGCACUGCGCCUUCCACAGGGUCAGCUGCAACAGGUGUCACCAAGACGUCCUGCGGCACGACCUGGUGCAGCACUACGCAGAGGGUUGCAGUAGUGCCACCAGCGUGCAGGGCGGAGGCAGCCGGGAGGCUGGUCUACUCUGCAGCGACAUCCUCAAGGCCAGCGCCGAGUUUCGACGCUCCUUCACCGAGCUCCGGGACGGGUACUACGAGCUGCAGGCAAGCCUCAACACCCUCUCGGGAGAGAUGAAGCACUCGCGCUCAGAAACCAACGCAGCCGCCGCGAGCGUCUCACGCCUCCUACAGGCAGAGUUGGCCGCCCUUAAAGCCCAACUGGAGGCCUUGCAGUGUCGCGGGACCGGCGACGUUCCCGUCCCGGCGCCGACGCCAACCCCAGAACCCGUCCCGCGAGAGCCGAGACAACUCAGCGAUGCCCUGUACAUCAUCGGAUCGAGUGAGGAAGCCAACGCCUCGCUGGAGAGCGGCGGCAUUCGCUCUGACGACCCCCAGCGUGCUCGAAGAGCGCUAUGGUCCGUCAGCAACAUGGCAUCCCUCUGCGCCCAGGCCUCGCGGUGCGGCCAGACGCUUAGUUGCAGCGACGUCUUCUCGCUGGACGGCUACAUGGCGCGGCUAGAGAUCCACUUGCGAUGCGUGGACUGCGUCCUUUUUGUGCGUCCCUGCUUCAGGCUCUGCAGGGGCGCCAACGACGCAGUCCUGGAAUGGCCCUUCAAGAAGACGCUGUCUGUGAAGCUGGCCCACUUCCAGCGCCAGGGCGUUUCCGUACGCUUCGACCUGGACACGGGCCACAUGGGUGACUAUCGCGAGUUCUGGAUGCCUACCAGGGAGCGCAACAUCCCAUUCACCAUGUGCGAGAUGACACUCCUCACGACGGCCUUCUCCGCAGGCAGCGCGAGCACACUGGACAUCUUCCUGGAGCUGCUGUGUCGCGGCUGA